UGGAAUUGUCGUGGAUCUGAGGUGUUUUGUGGUGGUGGUGGUGAUGGUGGUAGAGAUAAAUGGAAUGAGAGGACGGGACGGGGUUGGGGAAUGGCUGUCGUUUGGCGAGUUUAGCUGUGCGUGUGUGUCUUUUGCUUUGAUUCCGUUUCAUUUUGCAGGUACCAUUUGUGAAUGA